AUGCGCCCAUCAUCCCCCCUAACAACGACCUUGAUCCAAUCGACAAUUCUAAACGCGAUAUCCAACGUCCUGGCCCAGAUUAUAGACCAGCAUAAGAAACAUAAAACAUUCAGCUUAAACACCACCGCUUUAAUCCAAUUCGUCACCUAUGCUAUCAUCAUCUUGCCCCUGAACUACGCCUGGCAGCGAUGGCUUGAGAUUCGAUAUCCUGGGUUUCCCUCGUUCCGACGCAUCACGGCGACGAACUCCUCCUCUACCGCUGCGACGACAUCAACACCGACGAUUACGGCGAAAUCAAAGAAAAGCCCCAGCAGCGGCAGGAAACGAUCCGGAAUGUACAACUUUGCGAUGAAGUUUCUGUUGGAUCAGACGGUGGGGUCGGUGGCGAAUAUCGUGCUCUUCAUUGUGUUGAUUAAUGGGUUGAAGGGGAGUGGGGGGGGUCGGAUAUAUGGGUUGGUUUGUGAGGACUUUACCCCCAUUAUGAUUGCCCGGCUCAAGUAUAGACCGCUUGUUUCGACGUUGAUGUACACGGUUGUGGCCCCGGAUCGGAGAGUGGUGUUUGGCAGUGCGUGUGGGGUAAUCUGGAGUGUGUAUUUGAGUCUUUAUGCUGCUGUUUAGCGAGGAUGUGUGUGUGUGUGUGUGUGUGUGUGUGUGUGUACUACUAGUUAUCUUGGAGUACUCCGUAUACUGUUGUAGAGAGCUACGAGUACGAGUGUGGCACAGGUUAUUCAACAUAUUGUAUAUGUAUAUGUAUUGUAUCUCUAUUCCAUCUAGGAGGGAUUCCCAAAGAUAAACCGAACGGAAAAAGAAAGAAAAGAAAGAAAGAAAGCACGGAAACACAACGAG